UGCUCACGAUGAGCUGCUGCACAAAGAAAAUAGUUCCUACACCAAACUGUGGAUUAUGUGAGAUAAGAUCAGAUGACCAGGUCAGGAUUUACCGACCGAAACACUGAGUUUUUCAAACAUAUUUUUUGACACUGCAGCCGUAGUUAAGUGUCACCUACUUUCAUUAAACUUACUUAGAUUAGCUGGAAAAUACAAAGAAUGUAUUUAAAGUUAAAUGCAAAAAACCUUUACAUCCAGUGGAGUAGCAUUUCAGAGUGUGGUAUUAGUACUUUUACUUAAGUAAAAGAUCUGAAUGUGUCUUCCACCGCCAGUUAUCAAAGAAAAGUACUUUCUCCUCUGAAGUGUAGUGAAGUAGAAGUACACAAAAGAAAUACUAAGGUAAGUACAAAGCUGUAGCUGAAAACAGAACUUGAGUAAAUGUAUUUGGUCACUUUCCAACCACUGAAACAACUUCAUCAAUGUUCAUUCAUGUGAAGAUGAUGAAAUUCUCCACAUUAAUAAAACGCCGUGUCGUCAGCAGCAGCUCAACAGCGCCCCCCCAGUUGCUGCGGAUGAACCCGGAACUGCACCCCGACGCUGAGUAAUCUGUGCGAGUGCGUGCGUGUCUGUGGGUGUGUUCAGGUCGAUCUACUCGUUGCUGAUGCUUCAUGAUCAUCACAGCUCCGGGUCCCACCGUCACUCUCAGGUCUGGAGACGGGAUUGGUUUUAUCCGCUGGUGAUCCGUCGACCGAACUGAUCCCGACAUCCCAAACACACCACCGACAUCUUGGCUGUUUUUGCUCAAAACACCACCCGUCUCCUCCCCACGGACCGAGUCGCUCUCAGAGGCUUUUAGCAGGAGGGCAGUCAUGGCAGAGCACCUGUCCCAGAGCGAGCUGGACUACCCCUUCAAACUCCUGGAGUAUUUCAACGGCUUCAGGGUCUCCAAGGUAAUAUUUUCAGCAUGUGAGCUGGGACUGUUUGACCUCCUGCUGAAGUCCCAGGAGGCCCUCAGUGCCCAGCAUGUAGCCCAGGAGCUGAGCACCAGUGUGGACGGGAUGGAGAGGCUGCUGGACGCGCUGGUGGGCAUGGAGAUCCUGGAGGUUGAGACCACAAACGGGACAGCUUUGUACAGCAGCACUGAUGUGGCAAAUCUUUAUCUGGCUAAAGGCAGCGCCAAGUCUCUCCAUGACGCGAUCAUCUACCAGUCUCAGACCAUCUACCCGCUGUGGAACAACGUAACGGACGCCGUCAGGGAGGGGAAGAAUCAGAACGAGAAGACCUUUGGCCUUCCAUCGGAGGAUGUUUUCCAAACUAUUUACAGAUCAGAGGAGCAGAUGCUUAAAUUCAUGGGUCUGAUGAACUCCUCGUGGGUUCUUGACGGACACGACAUUGUGACCGCGUUCAACCUCUCCUGCUUUCGCAGCAUAGUCGAUCUCGGAGGUUGCACUGGCGCUCUGGCCCGUGAGGUGGCGAAGGCGUAUCCGUCCUCCUCCGUCACCGUGUUUGACCUCCCGCAGGUUGUGAAAAUGGCUCAGAAACAUUUCUGUCAGGACGACGAAGCCGUCGCAUUUCAAACAGGAGAUUUCUUCAGCGGUGAAAUCCCUCCUGCUGACCUGUACAUUCUGGCCAGAAUCAUUCAUGACUGGCCUGAAGAGAAGUGCCUGAUCCUGCUGAAGAAGAUCUAUGACACCUGUAAACCAGGCGGCGGCGUCCUGCUGGUGGAGUGCUUGCUGUUCGAGAACCGACGAGGGCCCAUCAUGGCUCAGCUCUUCUCCCUCAACAUGCUGUUGCAAGCAGACGGCAAGGAGCGUCCACCAUCCGAGUACACCAGCAUGCUCAACAGGGCUGGCUUCUGCAACGUUCAGGUGUGCCGGACCGGCAAGUCCUACGACGCCAUCCUGGCCAUCAGAUGAGCUCGUUUGGGAGGUGGACGUAAACAUAAGCUAUGAAAAAAAACUGUAGCCAGACCAGUUUAUGUUGUUAUGAUUACAGUUCAGUAUUUUUCUUACUAAAAUAGACAUUUUCUGGAGUGAAGUUCCUGCUGGAUAAAAUGUUUUAUCAACACUUCCCUCUUAAAGUAAUGCAUAAAGUAAAUACAUGUUUCUGCAUCUUCGUAAAGAAUGAGAGAAGUUGCAUUAGAUUUAGUGGAAUCAGUUCAGGUUAAAAGACUAGCUUCUGGGAAAUACACUAAUUUCCUUUCAGCCAGGUAGCUUAGCUUAGUUUAGCUUAGCAUAAAGACUGAAAACAAGUGGAAACAGCUAGCCUAGCUCUGGCCAAAGGCAACAAAAUCUACACAUGGAAAAGCACAACCAGUUCCCAUCAAUAAGCGUGCUUUUGUAUCUUGUUUGUUUUAUCUACAAAAAUUUGUGGUUUCUGGGUAUUUCAAGUCUUUAAGCUGAGCUAAGCGAACUGGCUCCUCCUCCUUUUAAUGUCAGCUGGUCACAGCCACCUGUAUAUAUACCAGAAUCAAACACUGAAUAGUGCUGGGUAUCAUUUCAGAUUAUUAUUUUAUCAUUGGUCACGAGCAUAUAAAGAUGGCUGACGCAUUUCCACUUCUUCCCACUCUGCCAAAACGAAACCAAAAUAUCCUGGACACGAGUGCUGCCAUCUUGUUCUGGUGACAUCAUUCUUGAAUUUCCCUCAGGAUCAAUAAAGUAUCUAUCUAUCUAAAAAAAAUGACACUUCAACACAUAUCAGUAUUAAAAUUACUUAAAAUGAGGAAAAAAAUUAUUUGACAUGUAUUUAACAUGUUUUUAGUUUGCUUGAUUUGCUUCAUUUAGCAGAUGAAGCCACCAGGGGGCGAUACUGGUGUUUUGGCUUCAUUUCUGCGUAGCUCUAAUGUCGUCCAUCUUCAUGUACAGCCAGUAGUCACAAUGUUUCUGGUGUAUUCCAGAAAUUAUAAAUCAAUAAAUGACAAAUUUGGAAAAGAUUAUUUUUUACUAUUUAAGAUGAAAACCAACAAUUUCUUAUCAUGUUUUUUUUAGGGAAAUAUAAAAACAAAAAGGUAAAAAUCCAGCUGUGUGUUGAGAUGUUAUGACUGUGUUAUGAUGUUAUGUUGUAACUGUGUUUUCCCAGCUUUCUGGUUCACCAUGAUGAGUUCAGGGUCCCUCUCAGACUGCAUGUCGAUCAGCUCGCUCAGCAAGCUUUAGCUUUCCUCCGUCCUUCCACUGCUGGUGUUAAAAAGUUCUCAUUUUUAAUCUGUCAGUCAAAGUGUGACUUUGUAGUCGAAGGAAGAAUCACUGUAGUAGUUAUUUUUUUUAACUGUUCUUAUUUAUGUUUGGUGAAUUUCCAGAACAUCAGAAAGUAGUUUACAUCAUCUCUGCUCUAUAUUAUCACUAAAAAUGUAUUAAAUACAUGCAGAAUAACAGUGUGUGAGGAGCAGGAAAAGAAAUUCUGUUUACAUUAUUUUCUGUGAAUUACAUGUUAUCAUGCAGUAAGGUACAGGUCAGUCCACAUGCUGGCAGGACGCAUCCUGCACAUUAAAUCAAAGAAAUGCAUCUGGUUUGGUCUUUGGAAAGAGUUUUUUUUUUUUAAUGUUGUUCUUAUUAAUAAAUCAGUGAGUAUGUCGGGUUUGGGGUUAGUUUUAAUGUAGCAGUCUUUUGUUAUUGCUGUUUUUCAGUGGUGGGAGAAAUAUUAAGAUCCUGUACUUGAAGAAUUUCCCUUUGGGGAUAAAUAAAGGAAUUCUGAUUCUGAAUCUGA